CAUAUACAUUCAACUUUCAUCACACACAACACAAACAAGGAAAUAUAUAUCAUGGUUAAUGAGAAUGGUGUACAGUCACAACCUGCCAGAAUGGAUCACAGGGAACCAGACAUGAUAACAGCAUUAUUAUCAGGAGGAGCAGCUGGCCUAGGAGUUGAUGUAACCCUCUUUCCUCUCGACACCAUUAAAACGAGGCUGCAGAGCGAAGCUGGUUUUAGAGCCUCAGGAGGCUUCAAAGGCAUCUACAGUGGCAUAGGUCCAGCUGCUAUUGCUUCUGCACCAACUG